GGCUGCUUGGAGCUCCCUCUGGCCAGGAAUGCGGCUUCGGCUGUUUGUUGCGAUCUUAUCUCAUCCUCGCUGGUUACCUUCGCUUUCUUUUUUGCUUUUAGAAGUGUGAUGAUCAGGAGGGAGAGAGGGUAUAAAAGAGAGGCACACAAUGAGAGAAGGUAAGAGAAAAGCGCGAGAAACCUCGAAGCAAAGACUACUGAGCUUGGCUGCAAAAAAUCGAUCCGGCAGCAGAUAAACUGAGCCACAAGGAAUCACUGUCAUGGAUCCUGCUGUAACAACAGAAAUAACAGAAAAACAAUAUGUUGAAACAACAGAAAUCAUAAGAAUGGACCUUGCUCAAGUGAAGUCUGCUUUUAAGAGAAAAACAUUUGAAGCUGUUUCAGCUGAAGCUAAAGAGGAGUCAAAUUUAUUAAAUAAUGUCACGUUGGAAAUUGCCAUCACAGGAAGAUCUGGUGUCGGGAAAUCAUCUUUUGUCAAUGCUCUGCGGGGAAUGAAAGACCAUGAAGAGGGUGCAGCUCUGACGGGGGUGACAGAAACAACAAUGGUGCCACAAGAAUAUACACACCCCGCAUUCCCCAAAGUCAAAAUUUGGGAUCUACCAGGAAUUGGAACAAAUGAAUUUAAUGCAGAGGAAUACUUAAAGAAGGUCAAUUUCAGCAAGUAUGAUUUUUUCAUCAUCAUCACCUCAGAUCGCUUCACUAAACAGGAAACCAAAUUGGCUCUUGAGAUCCGUAAAAAUAAGAAGAAAUUCUACUAUGUGCGCAGCAAAGUGGAUAUCGAUAUAGAAAACUACAGGUGGUCAAAACGCAUCUAUGAGGGGGACAUCCAUGAGAAGAUGCUGUGUGAGGAGAAUACUCUUGACAUUAUACGGAAAGAUAGCUAUGAGAAAUUGAAGGCAUUAGGUGAGUCUUCUCCAAGGGUCUUUCUAAUAUCGAAUUGGGAUUUGAGCAAGUAUGAUUUCCCCCUGCUUCAAGAGACCUUUGAAAAGGAACAGGAUGAAAUCAAGAGAGAUGUUUUAAUUAUGUCUCUUCCAAUUUUAACAAAAGAUAGCAUUAAAAAGAAAAAGGCUGCUAUGGAGAGCCUGAUAUGGAAAAAAGCCAUGGUGAGUUGUUCUGUUGGGUUGAUUCCUCUCCCAUUCCUCUCGCUUGGUUGUGACAUUGCCAUUGUGGCUGUGACAAUGAGGGAGAUCUGCAAAGUUUUUGGCUUGGAUGAAGAUUCCCUCAAUAUACUAGCAAAUCGUGUGGGGAAACCUGUUGAGGAGUUGAAAUCUGCUAUUGAACAUACCCCAAGCACCGGUAUGAUCACAACAGAAUUUGUCAUGGAUAUCUUGAAGAGGUCAGCAGUGUGGGGAGCAAUCACUGUGGCAGAGCUGGUUGUGGGUUUCAUACCUGUGUUGGGGUCUCUCUAUGGUGGGGGCAGUUCUUUUGCUACCACAUUCUACUUGCUGAAGAAUUUCCUGGAAAACGCUGUGAAAGAUGCAGAGAAAGUUCUGGCAAAGGCUGCUGAGCCUAAGAAACCCAAGUAAACAGCCAAUACAUCUACCUGGGAAGAGACAUCCAGGUUCAACAUGCAUUAUCUCAUCUUUCUGCCACAGCAUCAACCAAUUGCUUUCUUCACAAGUUCGUCUUCUGGUUUUGCAACAUGGCAUCCUAGCAUGCUCCCUUUAUUACUCUUCAGCUCAGCACUCGUAGGGUUGCCAUAUUUCAAAAAGUGAAAAUCUAGAGACAAAAGUUGUUGAGCUUUCCGCUUAUGGGGGGGGCCAAAGUUAUAGAGAUGAGGUGUGGAGGGCAAAGUUGAUGAGCUAUUUUGGCAAAAUCCCCCCAAAACAAAAGAAGUUCUUGAGCUAUUUUAAAGGAAAUCUACCCCAAAAAAUCAACACGUCUGACAUUUCACAAACAUUUUUACCAAUUUUCAAGAAUUCUGCUUGGACACUACUUCCAAUGGACGAAUCCCAGACAUAUGGCAGCCCUAUUGUAACAACACUUAAUCAGUAGUCUGCCUGGGCAAUUUUUAUCCAGUUUAGAGGUUUCUUAUCUCCUACCUGUCAGUGUUAAAGCGAUGGAUGUCUCCCCCUCUGACAUGGAGCAAAUUUGCAGCAGCCAAACAUAAAGAAUGGAGAAAAGAAGAGAAGAGAAAUGGCUUCAGAGAGUUCUAUUGCUGAUACGCUUAAGUAAAUUGUGAUGCAGAAUUAAUAUCUGAAGGAUAAAUUAACAAAGGUGAAUCUUAAAAUUACAGCCCUGGAUCAAAAAGUUACUGAUCUUAAUGAGGAGAUAUCAAAAUCUGAAGCAGUUGGAAUUAAACAAGAUCUAACACAGAUAUCGUCUUGGGUGGGAUCCUGCGAGACAUGCUUAUCCAUGCAAAAAUAUACUAUAUAGUUUUGUAGCCUUUAGUAUAUUUUAUGGUUAUUUCGUUAUUUCUGCUUUUAAAAAUGUUUUAAUGUACACUCUUCCUCCUUUGAUUGCUAUUCUUUCAUUUUGCCUUAUUUACUUAAUCUCAAUAAAAUUAUAAAUAUUAAAAUUUUAAGAAAUGUUUUUUUCUGAA